AUGGAACCAAAGAAGCAAACGGGGGUUCUACAAGUGCAGUUCAACACUAAGCGGACUCUGGAGGACGUCCAGCAUCACGUUGGUUCGUUCCUUAAGCAGGGAGGACGGUACAAACCAUCCAACUGUACUGCUCAACAAAAGGUGGCUAUCAUCAUCCCAUUCCGAAAUCGGCAUGAACACCUAAACCACUGGCUUUAUUACCUCCAUCCUAUCCUGAUACGUCAGCAGCUGGACUACGGAGUGUAUGUCAUCAACCAGGAGGGAGACGACGCUUUUAACCGCGCCAAACUGAUGAAUAUUGGACACACUGAAGCCCUGAAGCAGUAUGAUUAUGACUGCUUUGUCUUUUCCGAUAUAGACCUGAUACCUCUGGACGAUCGUAAUCUCUACAGAUGUUCUGAUAAGCCUAGACACUUGUCGGUCGCUGUAGACAAGUUCAACUUUAAAUUACCCUAUGCCACCAUCUUUGGUGGGGUCUCAGCUUUGUCCAAAGAGCAGUUUUUAAAAGUCAACGGCUUUUCAAAUACGUUCUGGGGCUGGGGGGGUGAGGACGACGAUCUAUACCAGCGUAUCUCUUUACGUGGAAUGUCCAUAUCCAGACCAAACUCUGCCAUAGGAAGGUACAAGAUGAUCAGACAUAAUAGAGAUGCCCACAAUGAAAGAAAUCCAAAUAAUGUUCAGAAACUAAGAGAAACACAUCUUAAUAUUGACACAGAUGGGCUUAAUUCUUUGAGAUACACAGUCAGGGAGAUUAGAAAGGACAUACUCUUCACUUUUAUUACUGUAGAUGUUCAAGCUCCUACAGUCUGAUUACCAACUGUAAAUCCUAGUCUUCAGUUGAGCAAAACAAAAAAAGUCUACUUUAAAAAUUUUUUUUUCCUGUGAGUCAUUUUCUUUGUUUUUUUAGGUAAAAUCAAGUCAGAACAGCUGUCAUAUCAUAUCAUAUCAAACAAUCUGCAGUGAUUAAGGCCAUGUUCUCAUGAAAUGUAUGUUUUGCAUAUGUGUAGUUGUUCAUACAGCUAACCGUAACUUCACACUUCAGCCUGAACAGUUCACAACCAGAGAAGAGACCGCAUGUGCACAUAAUGAAAGUACACAUCUAACAGCAGCAGUAUAGCACAGCAAAUUUAUUGCUUAUGGAAGCGAUGAUAUAUAUCAGUUUGUCAUUAUUAACUUCUUGACCAAAGGGAGCCCACAAUAUUAUGACCACAUCAUGAAAUAGAUGAAAAAACUAGAAAAACAAAAACAGAGCACAACUAUUAACAAUAGUUUAUAUAAUGACUCGACGAGUUGAUAACUAGGGAACGUGAUAACUUAAUUACAACUUGCCUGAUUGAUACAGAUUCGUUAAAACAUUAGUCCAAUACUGAUCUGUGGUCCAUGCUGGCUUCCUAUUUCUACUUCCUGUUUAUUACAGUCAAGUGUGGCCUAAAGUUAGUUCCAGUUGCUUCAUCAUAAAAUGGCUGCAAACGACCCACAGCAAAAACUAAAGCAGAAAAGAAAGCCUAGUACCCUAGUUAUCAUAUUUUAUAUGCCAUCCAGAGAUGUCAUAUGGAUCA